AUGAGUAAGAUAUUAAUUAAAUAUAUGCUAAUUAUUUAUAUUUUUUUUUCAAUCAUACUUAAAAAAACCUAUGUAUUAAACACGCAUAUCUCAAGAAAUUUGAAUGCUAGCCAAAUAAGUAUUGUGGAAAGAAUAUUAAUUGGGCAAGGGAUCAAAAAUCCAGUUACAUCUUCCUGGCAGCUGCUUCUUAUUUUACUAUCAAGUGAUUAUUUUGGUUUAUCUAUUACUCAUAAAAUUAAUGAAUUUUUUGAAAGCAAAAAUAAAAUUGAGGAAAACCUCGCAAAAUCAUCCAAAUUUUAUUUGCACCCUGCAAUGAAUAUAUCAUCAAGUGUAUUGAUUCAUCCAAAAUCCGAGUUUCUAGAUUUUAUAUUUACAUUCAUUGACGUUAUUCAGUUUACAGGAAACUCCAAUCAAACAAAUAUUUCUAUGUUUGUUAAUGGAAAAAGAAACCUAGUUGCCUGUAAUUCAAUGAUUAAAAAAAUGGUCAAGGGUGGAUUUGUGCUUGAAAGUACUGAGUACGAAACCAUGCCACGGAAUCAACCUAGCGCUCUAGAAAAUUCGAUGAUAGUCACGAAAAACUACUUAGAGUAUUCUAUUGAUCAUUUUUGCAAGGCAUAUUUAGAAAAUUUGGCCGAGUUGCUUGGCAAACUAGCAAAAAUAAAGAAAAGCUCAAUCAAUAACUUAUAUUCUAAAAUACGAUUAUAUAAUAAAAUCUGUAAAUUAUUAGACUCCAAAUAA